UUUUUCAACGAAAAUCGACGAUGAGAGAAAUCCUUCACGUACAAGGUGGCCAAUGCGGGAACCAAAUCGGAUCCAAGUUCUGGGAAGUGAUCUGCGACGAGCACGGCAUUGAUCCAACUGGUAGGUUCAAUGCGGAUGGUGAAUCAUCUGCAAACCAACUGGAGCGUAUCAAUGUGUACUAUAAUGAGGCUUCCGGUGGAAGGUACGUUCCUCGUGCGGUUCUCAUGGAUCUCGAACCCGGUACUAUGGACAGUAUCAGAUCUGGUCCUUACGGCCAGAUCUUUAGGCCUGAUAAUUUCGUGUUUGGACAAUCUGGUGCUGGAAACAACUGGGCCAAGGGUCAUUACACUGAAGGUGCGGAGUUGAUUGAUGCCGUUCUUGAUGUUGUUCGUAAAGAGGCUGAGAAUUGUGAUUGCUUGCAAGGCUUCCAGGUAUGCCAUUCACUUGGAGGAGGCACUGGCUCUGGCAUGGGAACUCUCCUGAUAUCGAAAAUCAGAGAGGAAUAUCCUGACAGGAUGAUGAUGACAUUCUCUGUUUUCCCUUCACCUAAAGUCUCGGACACUGUUGUGGAGCCGUAUAACGCCACCCUUUCUGUACAUCAGUUGGUUGAGAAUGCUGAUGAAUGCAUGGUUCUUGACAAUGAGGCUCUGUAUGAUAUUUGCUUCCGGACAUUGAAGCUCACUAAUCCAAGCUUUGGAGAUCUGAACCACUUGAUUUCCUCAACUAUGAGUGGUGUAACAUGCUGCCUGAGGUUCCCCGGACAGCUGAACUCCGACCUCCGAAAGUUGGCUGUGAACCUGAUCCCAUUCCCACGUCUUCACUUCUUUAUGGUCGGGUUUGCACCCCUCACAUCCCGCGGUUCCCAGCAUUACAUUUCUCUCACAGUCCCGGAGUUGACUCAGCAGAUGUGGGAUGCAAAGAACAUGAUGUGUGCCGCUGACCCUCGCCACGGUCGCUACCUGACAGCCUCAGCUAUGUUCCGAGGCAAGAUGAGCACAAAAGAGGUUGAUGAGCAGAUGAUUAACGUUCAAAACAAGAAUUCAUCGUACUUUGUGGAGUGGAUACCCAAUAAUGUGAAGUCCAGUGUCUGUGAUAUUCCACCAAAGAGCUUGAAGAUGUCGUCGACAUUUGUUGGGAACUCGACAUCAGUCCAGGAGAUGUUUAGGAGGGUAAGUGAACAAUUCACUGCAAUGUUCCGUCGCAAGGCCUUUUUGCAUUGGUACACUGGUGAAGGGAUGGAUGAGAUGGAGUUCACUGAAGCGGAGAGCAACAUGAAUGACUUGGUUGCAGAGUAUCAGCAGUACCAGGACGCGACUGUGGAGGACGAUGAGGCAGAGUACGAGGACGAAGGUCCGGACGAGAACUAUGAGACUUAAAAGAAAAUGCGAUGAACCCGAAUGAAAGU